CCUGGUCACUCUAACCUGAUAACAUUUUCGCCGUAUUGUUUAUAAAGUUUUAAUAGCUGACCGAGGAUGCAAUGUGGCGAUUUCAGUCGCUGAUAAGCACUGGGAAUCCGCAACACUCAACCUCCGACUCCGCAUCCAUUAAUCUCCUACGAUGACUGCCACCAAGAAGCGGCUGAAGAUUGUGGCGGUCGUGGUGCUGUUGCUUCUUCUCGUGGUCUACCUGUACAGGGCGGUCAGUGUUUCGGCGGGCAUUUCGGAUGUGAGUCCCCCAGAAGAUGCCCAAGCCCGAUUGCCUCCGACAGAGAACUCGGUCCAGAGCAGCCUCCAGAUGGCCUACGAGGAACAAGGUUUUUUGAUCCGCGAACAGAAAGCCGAGUUGCAGCGGACCAGGGAGCACCUGGCUCACCUGGAGGAGCAGAUCCGAUCCUUGCAAACCAGCACUCCUCGAAAAUACCCAAAAGUCAAAUACCUUAACUACAAAAAUCGAAAACGUAUCCUCAUUACGGGAGGAGCAGGAUUUGUGGGCUCCCACCUAGUGGACGACCUGAUGGUCCAGGGUCAUGAAGUAAUUGUGGUUGACAACUUCUUUACGGGCCGCAAACGAAAUGUUGAGCAUUGGCUGGGCCACGAGAACUUCGAGCUGAUUCAUCAUGACAUAGUGAACCCUCUAUUUAUCGAGAUUGACGAAAUAUACCACCUGGCCUCGCCCGCUUCCCCGCCUCACUACAUGUACAAUCCGGUGAAGACCAUCAAGACCAAUACCAUGGGCACAAUCAAUGUCCUUGGCUUGGCCAAGCGUGUGAUGGCCAAGGUUCUCAUAGCUAGCACCUCGGAGGUAUAUGGCGAUCCCACCGUUCACCCGCAGCCGGAAACCUACUGGGGCCAUGUGAAUCCCAUCGGACCUAGGGCGUGCUACGACGAGGGGAAGCGGGUUUCCGAAACACUGAGCUAUGCGUACGCCAAGCAGGAAAAAGUGCAGGUGCGAGUGGCGCGCAUCUUCAACACCUAUGGACCCAGGAUGCACAUGAACGACGGACGCGUGGUGUCGAACUUUAUACUGCAGGCUCUGAGGAACGAAACCAUUACGGUCUAUGGGAAUGGGAAGCAAACACGUUCCUUUCAAUACGUCUCUGACCUGGUGGACGGACUCAUCGCCUUGAUGGCUUCCAACUACACACAGCCGAUCAACUUGGGCAAUCCCGUGGAGCAGACGAUUGGAGAGUUUGCCCAAAUCAUAAAGCAGUUGGUGGGUGGGCCCAGUGUGAUCCGGCAAACGAAGGCCAUGGAGGAUGAUCCACAGCGAAGAAAACCGGACAUCACGCGUGCCCGCCAGCACCUUCACUGGGAGCCGAAGGUGCCAUUAGAAACAGGACUCAAACGGACCAUCUCCUACUUCCGGAAUGAGCUGGCCCGCAGUGAUCGCUUCCAGGAGAGCUCCAACAAGUACUUCGAGUCGCCUUAAUUUAGCAAUAAUGGGGAUUAGCUUUAGUUGGUGAUGAUGCAACGUCUCUAGUCUGCAACUGUAAAUAUGACCAUCGAUAGCACUAAUUGUAAGCCUACUAAUUGGAAGAAACACUAGUUUUAAUGGCAACAGCCUGGGAGCCACUGUCGUACAAAUGCGGUCGAAACUAUAGCCCUAAAGUCAGGAUAGAGGACAUUUUGGUGGGAUGGAUACACGCCCCCCAAACGAAAACUAUUAAAUAUUGUAAGGUUCACAAAGUACACAUUUAUUUCAUAAUUAUUUGGAGCCUUGGGAUAAACCAAUCGAACACUUACCGAACAAAAUAGUAGGCCAACUAAAAGUAUAUAUUAGUCCUGAAAUUAAAUAAUUCUACAGAAAACUUCAUCAUUAAAAUUUCCAAAUUUUUUAAUAACUUGGACUGGGCUAAAAAUUUCAAAUUCACUAAAGGAAACUAAACACAGUUGUAUAAGAACUAUUUAAAACUACUCUAAAAGUUUAUGCCUAAAACAAACCCAAAAUUCCCUGUGUAUUUCUGUCAAAUUUCACCAGAGGCGGAAGCUUAAUCGCAUAUCAUUACUAGUGAGACUGCGUUUGAACAAAUUAUUAGAGGAAAGUGAGUGACUCACUCACUUAUCGUGGUGGCUCACUGGUACGAUUAUAAAAAGAACAACCGCCCCGAUCCUAGGCUUAAGUAGGGGUUUCAGUUGCUUUAGUUGGUUUGAAAAAAAAAUUUGGUAAAUUAAAAAGAGGUUUUUCUCUGCGCACUAAUCUUA